AAAGGACCUAACUAUUCUGAUGGGAGAUCUAAAUGCCAAAGUCGGAAUAGACAUUACUGGAUAUGAAGAUAUCAUGGUCUGGGAGAAAGAAACGAAAAUGGAGUAAGAUUUGCAAAUCUAUGUGCAUUCAACAAAUUGAUCAUAGGAGGCACAGUAUUUCCACACAAACGUAUACACAAGGCUACAUGGAUGUCACCGGACCACACUACAGAGAAUCAAAUAGAUCAUAUUUGCAUCAAUAAAAAAUUCUGAAGGACAAUGGAAGAUGUGAGAACCAGCAGAGGUGCUAACGUAGCUUCAGAUCACCACCUAGUUAUGGCCAAUUUAAAACUGAAGCUAAAAAAGAACUGGACAAGUGGACAAAUAGCACUACAAAGGUUCAAUACAGCCUUCCUUCGAGAUACUGACAAACUCAAUGAAUUCAAGAUUGCUCUCAACAACAGGUUCCAAGCCUUACAAGAUCUACGGAAGGAAGAAGAAACUAGUAUGGAGGACAACUGGAAAGGCAUCAAGGAAGCAUUAACUUUAACGUGUCAAGAGGUUCUGGGCCUAAAGAAAUACCAUCAUAAGAAGUGGAUCUCUACAGAAACACUGGACAAGAUCAAAGAAAGGAAGAACAAGAAGGCAGCAAUAAACAACAGCCGAACACGAGCAGAGAAAGUCCAAGCACAAGCUGAAUACAUAGAAGCAAACAAACAAGUGAAGAGGAGCAUUAAAGCCGACAAGAAGAAAUACGUGGAAGAACUAGCAACGACGGCAGAAAAAGCUGUUAGAGAAGGAAAUAUGAAACAGAUUUACGAUACAACGAAGAAACUAGCAGGGAAAUACAGUAAACCAGAGAGACCGGUCAAAGACAAAGAAGGCAAGCCAAUCACCGAAAUUCAACAUCAGCGGAACAGAUGUGUAGAAUACUUCGAGGAACUCCUGAAUAGGCCGGCUCCAAUGAAUCCACCGGACAUCGAAGCGGCACACACAGAUCUUCCCAUAGACGUCAACCCACCAAUGAAGGAAGAAAUCAGAAUGGCCGUCAGACAAAUCAAGAACGGGAAAGCAGCGGGUCCGGACAACAUACCAGCUGAAGCACUGAAGUCAGACAUCGAAGCAACUACAAACAUGCUUUACCUUCUAUUCAAAAAGAUUUGGGAAAAGGAACAAGUGCCGAUGGACUGGAAAGAAGGGCACCUCGUCAAGAUUCCAAAAAAAGGCGAUCUGAGCAAAUGUGAGAACUAUAGAGGCAUUACACUGCUGUCAAUACCAAGGAAGGUCUUCAACAGAGUGUUGCUGAACCGGAUGAAAGAUGCAGUAGAGGUCCAACUUCGAAAUCAACAAGCUGGAUUCCGUAAGGAUCGAUCAUGCACAGACCAAAUUGCAACACUACGGAUCAUCGUCGAACAAUCAGUUGAGUGGAAAUCAUCACUAUACAUCAACUUCAUUGAUUAUGAAAAAGCGUUUGACAGUAUAGAUAGGAGGACAUUAUGGAAACUUCUUCGACACUACGGAGUUCCUGAGAAGAUUGUCAACGUUAUCCGGAACUCAUACGACGGACUACAGUGCAAAGUCGUGCAUGGAGGACAGCUGACAGAUGCAUUCCAAGUAAAGACCGGAGUCAGACAAGGCUGUUUACUCUCUCCCUUCCUCUUUCUUCUGGUGGUCGACUGGAUUAUGAAGAUCUCGACAUCUGAAGGAAAACACGGAAUACAAUGGACAGCUCGAAAUCAUUUAGACGAUUUGGACUUCGCAGAUGACCUAGCCCUCCUAUCACGUACACACGAACAGAUGCAGAUGAAGACAGCCAGUGUAGCAGCAGUCUCUGCAUCAGUAGGCCUCAGUAUACACAAAGGGAAAACCAAAGUCCUCAAAUUCAAAGCGGAAAACAACAAUCUAAUCACUCUUGAUGGCGAAACUCUGGAAAAUGUAGAAUCCUUCUCAUACCUAGGAAGCAUCAUCGAUGAACAAGGAGGUUCAGAUGUAGACGUAAAAGCAAGGAUUGGCAAAGCAAGGACAGCAUUCCUACAGUUAAAGAAAAUAUGGAACUCAAAAAGCUUUCAACCAAUAUCAAAGUAAGAAUCUUCAAUACCAACGUCAAGGCAGUUCUACUGUAUGGAGCUGAAACUUGGAGAACUACAACAACCACAAUCAAGAAAGUACAAGUAUUUAUAAAUAGCUGUCUACGCAAGAUACUCAACAUCCAUUGGCCGGAUACCAUCAGCAAUAGCCUUCUGUGGGAGAGAACAAACCAACUUCCAGCUGAAGAAGAAAUUAGGAAAAGACGAUGGAAAUGGAUAGGACAUACAUUACGCAAAUCGUCAAAGUGCAUCACGAGGCAAGCCCUAACUUGGAAUCCUGAAGGGAAGCGAAAAAGAGGAAGGCCAAAGAACACAUUGCGUCGGAUAAUAGAAGCAGAUAUGAAAACGAUGAAUUACAACUGGACGGAGCUAGAAAGGAUUGCCCAGGACAGGGUUGGAUGGAGAAUACUGGUGAGCGGCUUAUGCUCCUUCACGAGGAGUAACAGGCGUAUGUAAGUAAGUAACGAUCUUCUUAAUUAACCCUGUUAUUUUAUGUCAAAAGAAUAAUAAUGUAGUUGGAUUUGUUGGCAACAACUGUCAAGAAUAUUGUAAGAUUAUGAAAGAGGGUAAUAAUAAAUGGGUUUGUUUCAGUCGAAUGAAAUUUUUCUAUCUAAAAGAUUUGUACAUACAUUUUCCUAUCCACAAUAUUAUGAGUUAUAGUACGUUCUAGUAUGUAAUACACAUGUAUUUGCAGUGAUUUAAAUAAUAUUUACGAUUUACCAGUGCUAAGCCAAUAUAACUGAAUUAAUUAUCCAUAAAUAUGCCAUAAAUGAGCCGAUUUGAAUAAGUAAUUCAAAUCAUAUUUUUAGACUACUAUGCUCUAUUAAGCUCAUAGUAACUAUUACAAAUAAUAAGUUAAACACACACUCGGAUCAAUAUAUAUAUAUAUACUGUUUCUUGUAUUCAAACGGUUUCGGAGUACGUAUAAUUAACUAAUAAUCAUUAUAUACAAUAUAAUUUAUAAACUAAAAUAUUGUUAAUCUGACGUCAAAAUUGUAAUAGAAUAAAAGCAAAUUUUAAAA